AAUAGCGGCCCCGAGACGCGUCGGAAGUGGCUAAUCAGAACCCGCCGUGGGGGUGGAGACUCCUGCUCCGGAGUGAGGCGACAGAAGGGAGGGGGCUAGAAUGGAGCGCUCGCCAACGGCCGACGCUCCAGGCCGGCCCGCCCCCUGCAGCCGCAUCCAAUCGCAAUGCUGAGGUCUGGAGAUGGAGCCAAUCAGGUCUAACCAGGAGACGGAGACGCCGGCGCUCUACUAGAAGGGAUAGAGGCCGAGCGACCGCAAACCGGGGCUCCAGGUUUUCUUCCAACGGAGACCAAUCGCAAGGCAGAUAAAAGCGACUGACUGUCACAAAGGCCAGUUAGAGCCUCCGGAGGGAAGCUGGCCCGGCCUCUUCUCUGAGGGACGGCUGUACCUACCAAUAGUAUGGGCGAGAAGGCGGUCCCUUCGCCUAGGAGGAGGCGGGUGAAGCGGAGCUGCCCUUCAUGUGGCCCAGAGCCUGGGGGUGAAGAGAAGAAGGGGAGAGGGAACCCUAUUUCUGUCCAGCUGUUCCCCCCAGAGCUGGUGGAGCAUAUCAUCUCAUUCCUCCCAGUCAGAGAUGUAGUCGCUCUGGGCCAGACCUGCCACUACUUCCACGAAGUUUGCGACGCCGAGGGCGUGUGGAGACGCAUCUGUCGCAGGCUCAGUCCUCGCCUACGAGAGCAGGGUUCUGGGGUCCGGCCCUGGAAGAGAGCUGCCAUUCUUAACUACACGAAGGGCCUGUACUUCCAGGCAUUCGGGGGCCGCCGCCGCUGUCUCAGCAAGAGCGUAGCCCCCCUGCUAGCCCACGGCUACCGCCGCUUCUUGCCCACCAAGGACCAUGUCUUCAUUCUUGACUACGCGGGGACCCUCUUCUUCCUCAAAAAUGCCCUGGUCUCCUCUACCCUUGGCCAGAUCCAGUGGAAGCGAGCCUGCCGCUAUGUUGUGUUGUGUCGCGGAGCCAAGGAUUUUGCCUCGGACCCAAGAUGUGACACGGUUUACCGCAAAUACCUCUAUGUAUUGGCCACUCGGGAGCAGCCAGGCAUGGUGGGCACGACGGGCAGCCGGGCCUGUGACUGUGUCGAGGUCUAUCUGCAGUCCAGUGGGCAGCGUGUCUUCAAGAUGACUUUCCACCACUCCAUGAGCUUCAAACAGAUUGUGCUCGUUGGUCAGGAGACGCAGCGGGCUCUUCUGCUUCUCACAGAGGAAGGAAAGAUCUACUCUUUGGUAGUGAACGAAACCCAGCUGGACCAGCCACGCUCCUACACCAUCCAGCUGGCCCUGAGGAAGGUGUCCCGUUGCCUGCCUCACCUUCGUGUGGCCUGCAUGGCUUCCAACCAGAGCAGUACUCUCUACAUCACGGACCAGGGGGGAGUGUAUUUUGAGGUGCAUACCCCAGGGGUGUAUCGUGAUCUCUUUGGGACCCUUCAAGCCUUUGACCCCCUGGACCAGCAGAUGCCGCUUGCUCUCUCACUGCCUGCCAAGAUCCUAUUUUGUGCUCUUGGCUACAAUCACCUUGGCCUGGUGGAUGAAUUUGGCCGAAUCUUCAUGCAGGGAAAUAACAGAUAUGGGCAGCUGGGGACAGGGGACAAAAUGGACAGAGGGGAACCCACACAGGUGCAUUAUCUACAACGCCCCAUUGCCCUGUGGUGUGGCCUCAACCACUCCCUGGUGCUGAGCCAGAGCUCGGACUUCAGCAAGGAGCUUCUGGGCUGCGGCUGUGGGGCUGGAGGCCGCCUCCCUGGCUGGCCUAAGGGGAGUGCCUCCUUCGUGAAGCUCCACGUCAAGGUUCCUUUGUGUGCCUGUUCCCUCUGCUCGACCAGAGAGUGCCUCUACAUGCUGUCCAGCCAUGACAUCGAGCACCACCCCACCUACCGGGACCUACCAGCCAGCAGGGUGGUGGGGACCCCCGAGCCCAGCCUGGGGCCCGGAGCAUCCCAGGACCCUGGGGGGACAGCCCGGGCGUGUGAGGAGUACCUUAGCCAGAUCCACAGUUGCCCCACGUUGCAGGAUCGCAUGGAAAAAAUGAAGGAGAUCGUGGGCUGGAUGCCCUUGAUGGCGGCACAGAAGGAUUUCUUUUGGGAGGCCUUGGACAUGCUGCAGAGGGCUGCUGCAGGGGUCGGCCCAGGUCCCUCAAACCCUGAGAGCUGACCCCUCCCCCUCCUCAUCUCACCCCCAGAGGGAGAGAGCAGCCCUAGGCCAGGAGCUAAGGAGACACAGGGCGGUAGCGGUAAACACUGUAUGUGCACACGGUGGGGGGGGAUUGCUCGACAUGCCAGGGUGGACAGGGAGCUGUUUUGUAAAAAUGUUUGGGGGGCUGCCCAGGAGGGGCCCCCAAUCUGACUAUCAUGGACAAGAGAUUUGAUGGACAAAUAGAAUAAAAGGCUGAAGUGAGGCCCGGUUUGGAGGAAAAUGGGGCAGGGGACGGGGGCCCGAUGCCUGGCGCGGUGGGCGACGGAGGACAGGAGCAUGGCCGGGGCAGGCAGAGCAGAAGUGGCUCAGGCAUUCAGGUGCUGCAGACCUGACCACCUACAUCUCUCAGCUCGCUUUCCCCUCCCCCCGCCCCCCCCCCCCCCCCGCCCUGGCUUCUGGACUUGGAAGUCCAACCCCCACCUUCUGGAGCGAUGCAGGCAACAUAUGCUACUCGGUUCUCUGGUUCUUUUAGUGGGGUCCUCUGUCCCUCAGACUUGCUCCCAUCCUGAGCAGGCCACUUGCUUCUGACCUCGCAGAGCGUCCUACCCAUUGCCCUUGGUCCCCAGGAAGUCAGUCCUCUCUUCCCCUUCUCCGAUUUACCUCCCGGGUUCAGUCUCAUGUGCUGUCCCUGUCCCUUACGUUCUACUUUGUUCUACUCAGACACAGGACAGGCCCUUCAUCCGCCCGCACACCAUGCCUCCCUAAGCCACUCCCCCACCUCCAAAUACUGGGGAGAGAAAAUAGGCGAGCAGAAUUUUCUCCUUCCGGUAGUCUGGCCCGGGGAUGGGGAGAAGACAGUAGAAAUUCCGUAGUGGAAAAUAAGCUGGAGCCAGGGGGUGGUCAGGAAGGGGGUGAGUGACUGGAUGUCGGGGGGGGGGGGGUCAAGGAAGGACGACCUGUGGGUGCCGGGGAGGCGGGCAUGGGGAGGAUCAUGACGAGGGACCCGAGGCUGUGUUCGCAGGAUGCUCGCACACCUGGCAGAGUGGGCUUCCGGAGGACGGGACCCGGUGCCUGCACUGUGGCUGAGGCUUGAUGCUUCUUCUGCCCUUCACUGCUCGACCCCCUACUUGGGUCAAUAUUUAU